UCACACCUUUGUUUAUCAAAAAAAAAAAAACUAAUUUUACUGGGGUUGUAAACGAAAUAUAUGUCCACCUUGUAUUAAACAAAAGAAUAUUAAAAGACUUCGUCAUGGACUGCAAAUUGUUUAAGAAAAAAUCCGUGAUACUGAUUAAGUGUUUCUGCGGAUGCACCGACAUGACUCCCGCCGAGGUUCAAAGGAUCUACACCUUGUCCAACAGUGUCCACGAAACCCUCCUGGAUAAGGAUGCCACCACACUGCUCAGCAAUUACAUGAAGAGUAGGCGCUCCGGCGACAAGAACGAGGCCGAGCAGUACUUGGAAAUCUACGAGAAGUGCGCCCUGUUCCUGGCGGACACGCAGCACACCUUCACCCGGGACGAGGUGGAUGAGCUGGUCGAUCUAGGCCUGCCCUACGAUAUGGAGCGGGAUCUGAUCAGCCGCAUGCUCAGUGGCGAUCGGACGGACAUUAACAGCGGUCUCAAUCGCAUUCAGGGCAAAUGUCGCAACGAGAUUGAGGCCAGCAGCGAUUUCCGAGAGUUUAGGGACGCCAUCGCUGAUAAGAUGCGCCGGGUGCCGAAAUGAUAAAGUUUUUGCGAAUCAAUGCCAUUUGUGUUCACAUUGGUACCUUUGGUAGCUCGCUCUUUUAAUCUUUCCCAAUGCCUUUUCGGCUUCCACCACGCAUCACCCUGUAUCCUAGAUUAGUCAUGGUAAAACAACUAAGAAACAGAAACCGUCCUCCUAAUCACACUGCGGCUUUCGAGUCGAGCUAGAGGCUUAACUCAAAAAACAUUCACAUUCUAACAAUUAAACCCAAAACUUUACUUAUUUUAAUUUCAUAGUUGUUUUAAAAUGUUAGCUUUGUUAUUGUGUUACAAACUAGAGGUAGAAAUAUUUUCAAUUGAGAAAUAAAUUACUUGAUCCUGAAUAUCCCUCAGAAUUAAUUUAUGGUUUCCUGACCGUUACAAUACCUACAAAUAUAUAUCUAAACCAGAAACGCCUUAUAUAAAAAAGACUUAAACAAAAAAUUAAAACAACGUAUAAAAACAAGAACGAUCAUGAAAAUAGUACUUAUAAAAAAAAUAGAAAAUUACAUAAAAAAGUAGGUUUUUUAAGAUUUUAAUUGUGAUUUUUGUAAUAACUUGAUUAUCAAUAAAACAACUUAAUACAUGCAAAAAAA